CUUUAUUUUUCUGUUUAUUCUGCUUCUGCACUGCUGCCGUGGCAUUUCUUAUUUUCAUUUCACAAAACUACAACUGUGUUUUCGUAAAAGGAAUAUACCGAGCGGACAUAACUUUUUAAUAUUAAAAGUAUUUGAAUUUCAACGAAGAUUUAUCUUCCAUAUUUCGUUCUUUAGAGAUUGGAAAAAGUUUCAUUAUCCAAAUUUAUUAUGUCUAAUUAUAAGCCAGUGAAGCAUGCUUACGACAUACAUGAACCUGAUGGUGGUGCAGAUUCCUCUUUACCGCCUGUCAUCUUUCUUCACGGUGUCAUUGCAUCAAAAGAAACGUGGAAGGAUAUGCCCCAACAAGUUGCUAACAAGACAAAGAGAAAAGUUUACAAUGUUGAUUUAAGAAACCACGGAGAUACAGAAUGGAGUGACGAUUUUGACUUGGUGAUACUAAAAAAAGAUUUGUUGCAUUUCAUGGAAACUGUCAACUGCCCUAAGGCAACCAUCUUGGGCCACAGCGUUGGUGCUAUUGCCGCUAUCCUAGCAGCUCUGGAAAAUUCGGAUAAAAUUGAAAAAAUAGUUAUUGAUGAAAUGAGAGUAAGUAAACUAGAUCGUUCAGCUGCUGCUUUUACAAGUGCUUUUGCCACAUUUGCUCCAAAAGCUUUGCCGAAGAUACCUAAAGAUGCAGAUGAAGGUGAAGCUGCUAGCAUUGUCAUAAAGACUGUGUGUGACGCACUUCCAUCUGAAUCGGUGAAGAAAAAUAGAAUUGAUGAGCUAGAUAAAACUGCGCUCGGUCUAAGGAAGAAGCCAGAUGGAAGCUACGAAUUUAAGGCAAAUUUAGAAAAUUUGGCUGAUUUGGCGAAGAAUGUAGAGAAAGUUUUGGUAGAGCCGGAAGGUCUUUUUAAUGGGCCAGCUCUAUUUAUUUAUGGCGACCAAUCUUCAUUUCAAGUCGGGAACGAUAAAGAUCGCAUUAAACAGCAUUUUCCGAAUGCUGAGUUUGUGGAAAUGACUGCUGGAGGUCAUUAUAUUCAUCAUGAAAAGCCAAAAGAAUUCAUGGAUGCCGUUUUAAAUUUCAUUUAAGAAGCAUUCUAAAAUAAUCUAUUUAUAAUGGUCUAAUUUGAAAAAAUUAUUAUUAAGUGAAGUAUUGUAUAAUUAUCUAAAUAAAUAUUGUUAAUUUAUUCUAUCAAAGAAAAGAAUUCAUUCUUCUA